AUGCAACGAAGACUAAGCAAACGACAGCAACAGCAAGAUGCUACAAAAUCUCCAGAUGCAACAGCGCAACCGGUAGAACAACAACAGAAAACAGAAGCCAACGACAAAAGAAGAGGGUCCAAGACCACACUUCACACGCCAUCGAUUCUCAUUGCAUUAGUCUGCAUAUUACCGUUUUUGGCAACAGUUGUGCUUUUUGUCCGUUAUUAUUACGAGAGUAACAACGACGACAGUAUUAAUCGCUUGUCAAAUUCAUUACAUGAUCAUGAAUCAAUAUCAUCCACAUUGAAAUAUGACAAUCGCAUACAUGAGAAUGGACGACUUCGGCCCGAGGACCAUAUCCAUCGUGGAGCGAUUACGCAGACUCUGAAUUGGAGUGUAACUGCCGGACAACGGCGACCGGACGGAGUUGACAAGAGAAUCUAUUUGAUUAAUGAUAUGUUUCCCGGGCCAUCAAUCGAGGCUCGCUCAGGCGAUACAUUGCAAAUCCUCGUGCAUAAUAACCUCGAAGAUGAACAGAUCUCUCUCCACUGGCACGGCCUAAACAUGAGAGGCGCAAAUACAAUGGACGGAGUCAUCGGCGUUACACAAUGCGGCAUUCAACCCGGCCAAUCAUUCUGGUACAACUUCACCAUUUCCGAAACCCAAAGCGGCACAUUCUGGUACCAUGCGCAUUCCGCCGUUCAGAGAGCGGAUGGGUUAUAUGGGAGUCUUGUUGUGCAUCGGCCUGAUUCUACGCUGGUCUCGCCGAAUGAGCGUUCGGAAAUGGUAUCUGAUAGUGUCAAGUAUGGAUACGACAAGGAGAUUGUCCUGAUGAUUGGUGAUUGGUAUCAUCGUACGGCCACGGAUGUGGCUAGUUGGUAUCUUUGGUGGGGAUCAAUGGGGUAUGAACCUGUUCCGGACUCACUGCUUGUGAACGGUGCUGGUCGGUUCAAUUGUUCGAGAGCAGUUCGAGCUCGGCCGUUGGAUUGUAUAGGAUCCGCGGAUGAGAUGCCACCUUUGAUCCUUGAUGGGAACAGUUCGUAUAGGGUUCGAGUUGUCAAUACGGGUUCCCUUACUGGAAUCAUCCUUGGCUUUGCGCCGGGCACAUCAAUACAAGUAAUCACAAUUGAUGGCGGUAACCCGGUUGAGAUGGAGGCAGUCGAUGGUGGCAGGUCUUCAGUCGGAAUCCUAUUUCCAGGCCAACGUGUGGAUUUUGUCUUGCGUCCGUUAAAAGGUCAGACUUCAUGGAUGACUGUGAAGAUGGAUGACUCGUAUGUCUCACCUUAUACUCUAUAUAAGACUGCUGAACUAAGUGUAUCUAGUGACUUCACAAUCGGGAACCCAGCCCUCGUACCACAACAAUCAUUCCCAAUUUUCCAAACACCUCUACCUUCAGAUUCUCUCCCCUCUUCCCCAACCGCCCAGUCCAACAACACCAACGACAUUGAAGAAGACGACAUAAUAAACAUAAACACCCUCCCCUCAACACGCACCCUCCUCUCCUCCCUCCCCCCAAAAUCAGAACAAACACACAUUGUCUAUACCAAAGUCGAAAAACUAAGUCGCCUCGACAACAUCCCGCACGGCUUCUUCAACCGCACAACGUGGAAAAUACAAAGUGAUCCUCCGUAUCCAUUACUGGGUCUUCCGCGCAAUCAAUGGGAUAAACAUCAAUUUGCUGUUUCGACAGGCAAUAAAAAUGGGUGGGUGGACUUGGUGGUUAAUAAUUUGGAUGAGGGGGCUCAUCCGUUUCAUUUGCAUGGUUAUAAUUUCUACGUCGUGGAUAUAUACGAAUCACCUGAAGGUUCAGGCCGAUGGGGCUCAUAUAACCCGUGGACAUCCCCUUCCUUCAACGAGAAUAUAGAUCCAUACGAUCUAACAAAAGCAGUCUUAAGAGAUACAGUGCAAAUCCCUCGUCGCGGAUAUGCAGUUCUGCGGUUCAAGGCUGAUAAUCCCGGCGUAUGGUUGUUUCAUUGUCAUGUUAUGUGGCAUUUGGCCGGUGGGAUGGCGAUGGUAAUUGAUAGUGGGAGUGGGGAUGAUAGUGUUGCGCAUGAGCCUUGGUUGGCUGAGGAGGGGAUGGAGUGCCGUGUAUGA